AUGCCACCUCCGCCGUCCUCUGGGGCCAUGCCUCUAGCAUCGAAACAUGCAGACACAACAUCAGCCAAAGCAGAACAGCCGCAAGUGGAAGAAGGAGAGGAAGAAGAAGAAGAAGACUACAUGUCCAUGGUGAUUACAGAGCCAGAAAAGCCGCGAGAGAAAGAAACCUAUACGCAGCGACGAAUGCGCAAGCAGCGGGAAGCCGAAGAAAAAGGACGUGUCAAGUCCAAAAAAGAGCGAGAAGCCGAAGAAAAAGCCGCGCGGGAAGCGGCGUUAUCGCAGUCCCUUGACUCGAGCAACAAGGGCUUCAAAAUGAUGAAAAUGAUGGGCUUCAAAGAAGGCGGCACGCUGGGAAAGAACGAAGGUGAAGGGCGCACGGAGCCAAUUAUGCUCAGCAUGAAAGAAGAUCGCGGCGGUAUUGGUCUGGAUACGGAGCGCAAGCGCAAGUUUCGAGAGGAAGUGGAGGUGGAGGCGAAGCGGGUCAAGGCUGAAGAAGGCGACUACCGGGAACGCGUGAGACAAGAGAGAGAACAAAAGCGAAUGGAAGGACAGAUUAUAGGCGCGCAGAAAGUCGCUGAGAAGUUCGACACGGAGGCUAUGGAGAAGGGGGAGUAUGGCUUUGAACAGGACGAGGCAGAAGCGAAGGGCGAGGGGAAGCCGCAAAAGGAUGAAGGUUCUGCUGAGAAGGAAAGCGCAGAGGCCGGAGAAGAGGAUGCAACGACACGAAGUGCUGAGGGACAGAAAGCGGUGCCGACGAGGAAGAUAAAUGUUCUUUGGAGAGGUCUUAUACGGCAUCAGGAGGAGAAAGAGCGCGAAAGAAGGAUACGUUAUGAUCUACAUCAGAGCUUGUCACGACUACCGACGUACAAUGAUCCGAAUGAGGAUGAUGAUGACAAGCGCGCCCUCGGAAGAGCGAAUGGUCGGAUACUAGAGGAAGAUGUGGAAGAAGAAGAUCCUGAGCUGGAUGAAUUUAAUGCAUUGGAGCCGGCGGAAAGAUUGGCAAAACUUGUGGCGUAUCUAAGGGAAAAGUAUAAAUAUUGUUUCUGGUGCAAGUAUCAAUACCCGGAUGAGAGCAUGGAUGGGUGUCCUGGCGUUACGGAAGAGGAUCAUGAUUGA